AUGGCGGCGAGUUCUAGUGGUUUUACGACUCACCUGGAUUUCAAGCUCAGCAGACUCAGCAUUUCGCCUUUCCACGACUAUAAGAGUGGAUUGGAGUCCAGGAAGAAGAAGCGAAGGGUGAGGCUCUUCCUUGAAGGUAACGGAGCACGGGUGAGUAGAAGUAGUAGCUGUAGCUCUGACUCAGUGGUUAGGAGAGCUUCCGGGUCGGGUAAGAGUGUUGAGAAACCCGAGGAGAAACGCUCUCAUAGAGGUCGAAUCCAAGCCAGUCCUGCAUUGCCGUUUCCUUCUCCUCUGUCUCGGUUUGGUACGAAACAAGAGAAGUUUUAUCCGAGAUGUACGCCGAGAAACUCCGGUCCACAGUCGCGAGAUACUCCGCCGAAGAGAGAUACUGGCAUUGCGAAUGAGAAAGAUAUGGGCAUCAAAUUGUUAAAAGAAAAGGUUAGUGAGACAGGGACUAAUGAAGAUGGAAGUACUUGGUUUCAAGAAAGUGGAGAGGAUCUUGGCGAAAAUGGGUAUAGAUGUAGAUGGACGAAGAUGGGUGGUCGCUCACAUGAUGGUUCCUCCCAAUGGGAAGAAACGUGGUGGGAGAAAAGUGACUGGACAGGAUACAAAGAGCUAGGCGUGGAGAAAUCUGGAAGAAAUGCUGAAGGGGAUUCAUGGUGGGAAACAUGGCAAGAGAUGCUUCAUCAAGAUGAAUGGAGUAACCUUGCAAGAAUAGAGAGGAGUGCACAGAAACAAGCGAAAUCUGGCACUGAAAAUGCUGGAUGGUAUGAGAAAUGGUGGGAGAAAUAUGAUGCUAAAGGUUGGACUGAGAAAGGGGCGAAUAAGUAUGGAAGAUUGAAUGAGCAGUCAUGGUGGGAGAAGUGGGGAGAGCAUUAUGAUGGAAGAGGCUCUGUUACAAAAUGGACAGAUAAAUGGGCUGAGACUGAUUUGGGAACCAAAUGGGGAGACAAGUGGGAAGAAAAGUUCUUUGCUGGCAUAGGUUCACGUCAUGGGGAGACAUGGCAUGUUUCUCCAAGUGGUGGGCGUUGGUCAAGGACGUGGGGCGAGGAACAUUUUGGAAACGGGAAAGUUCACAAAUACGGAAAAAGCACAACAGGUGAAAGCUGGGAUAUUGUUGUGGACGAGGAAACCUAUUAUGAGGCUGAACCACAUUAUGGAUGGGCCGAUGUCGUGGGUGAUUCCAGCCAGUUACUAUCAAUUGAACCUCUGGAAAGGCCACCCGGUUUCUACCCGAAUCUCGAUUUUGGGUCAUCUCCUCCACCUCGAGCCGAUGACUUGCCUCCCCCUCCCUCGCAAUGA